AUGGCUCCAGGAUCUGUCGCUGUCGCCUGCUUGCUGCUGCUCCAUGGCGCGCUCGGCAAUACCAUCGCGUCGAAGCGCCGCCAGCUCAAGUUGCUCCGGCCGCAGAAAACGGUCCGCCGCGGCGGCUCGGACGGCCAGGCCGCGGAGCCGGGCGCGGCGGCCGCGGCGCCCGACGCGGCCGUGGACGCCGCAAGCGAUGCGCCCGACGCGCAAACCGCGGCGAGCGCGACGCCGGUGGAGGCCGGCGCGGGCGGGACGCUGACGCAAGCCGCGGCGAGCGCGACGCCGGCGGAGACCGCGAGCGCGACGCCGGCGGAGACCGCGAGCGCGGCGCCGGCGGCGCCGCCGCAGGACUUCGACGCGGCCGCGGACGCCGCGCGGGCCGCGGCCGGGGCGGACGCCGCGGCGCUCGCGGCGGCGGCGGAGGCCGCCGCGAGCCUGCCGCCGGCGCGGCCGCACUCGGAGCACGACCACCUCUCGGCGCGCGAGCUCGCGGCGGUCAUCGUCGCGGAUUUGACGCCGCACGGCAUGCUGCCCCUCGCCUGGGCCGCGGCGGCCGGCGGCGGCACGGGCUGGGUGCCCGCGGUCGCACUCCUCGCGACCUUCGGCGCAGCCUCGACGUACACGCUCUUCCUCGCGGCGCGCGUGUCCGAGGCCGCGGGCGGGUCGCCCGCGCCGGCGCUGUCCACGCUCUGGCGCCUCGCGCGGCUGCCCGGCGCGCGCUGCGUCGACGGCGGCGUCGCCGUGCUCUGCGGCGGCUGCUGCGCCUUCGCCGCGGACCUCUUCCACGCCCUGGCGGCGCGCGCGGGCUUCGCGGCGUCGCGCGCGGCGGUGCUCGCGGCGCUGCUCGUCGCGCCGCUGUCGCCGCUCUGCCUCGGCGACGACCUCAGCGUGCUCAAGUACUCGUCCUACGCGGGGCUCGCGGGCGUGGCCUACACGUCGGUCUUCCUCGCGCGCGCCGGCGCCGCGGCGGCGCUGCCCGUGCCCGCGCUCCGCGUCGGCGCCGGCACGGCCGUCCUCGCGAACACGCGCGGCGACGCCGCGUCCCCUUUUAUACGACGCGCCGCGCUCGUCGUCGCGUUCCUCUGCCACUACAACGCGCUCCAGUACUACCAGGAGCUCGAGCCGGCGGAGCGGUCGCCGCGGACCUACGCCAAGUCCGCGGGCGCGGGCGCGCUCGCGACGGCGGUCGUCUUCGGGUGCACGCUCUUCGGCGGCGUCGCGGCCUUCGGCGGCGCCGCGCUGCCGAACGUGCUCAACAACUUUGGGGACACGGGCGGCGCGGCGCUCGCGCGCCUGGGCACGGGCGUCGCGAUCCUCUCCGGGUUCCCGCUCAUGUUCGCGGGGCUCAAGGUCGCGCUCGACGGCGCGGCGCCCGCCUGGGUCGCGCGCCGCGACCGGCGCGCCGCGACGCACGUCGCGCUCCUCGCCGCCGUCGGCGCCGCGGCCGCGAAAGCGUCCGAGGACGACGUCGGCCUCAUCAUCGAGCUCCUCGGCUCGACGCUCGGCGUCGCCGCGGUCUACGUCGUCCCGGGCCUCGCCGCGGCGCGGUCCGCCGCGCUCCCGCCGGCCCACAAGGCCGCCGGCGGCGCCGUCGCCGCCGCGGGCUCGCUCCUCGCCGUCGGCGGCAGCCUCCUCACCUACAAGACCCACGCGAAGCACUGA